AGAGAAAGAGAGAGAGAGAGAGAGCGAGCAAGAGAGAGAGAGCGCUGCAUGGCAGUGUAUUAACUCAGGAAAACAAAAGUCUCUGGAGUCUGGAACACGCUUUUUUGCUACAGUAACAUUUGUAUAUCAAGCCUUUGGCAACGGAUUUGAAACUACACAGCACACUCAUUCCUCGCGGCUCAUGAAAUCAAGUCGUCCAUGAUGAAAUACUGUACGUCAACAAUGCCACCAUGACCAAGCACCACGGCGUGAGUGAUGUCGUCCCGGCACCUCCUCUUCCUCCAACAGUAGGUCAUAUCGGGAACUUUUGGAGGGGUUAAAGAAAGCUUAAAGAUGCUAGGAGUACAUCACAGGAAAAAAAACUCAAACUGUGGAGAUGUGUUUUUCAAUGGACGGCUACAAUAUGACAAGUGGAUCUCUCAGUGGCUUGCUUGCUUCUUUUCUCAGUGAGGUACACUCUGUUCUUGUCAGUGAACACCAGGAAAAUAUCCUGAUCAACGUGACAGCGGGGGCGUUGGCAGAUAGACAAGAGUCUAACAACUUGCAGCUUAAUUUAGACAUAUCGGUGGGCAAGGAGGAGGUAUUGGUAAACGAUGUUCCUGUUCAGUUGUCCGGGGUGACCAGAUUCAACUGUCCAGCGCUUCUCUUGGAUAGCACGAAUGCAAGCAGUGAGUAUGAAGGUGGGGACUUGGUAUCUACUGUCACCCGGGUUAUGGUGACACAGAACCGACUGUAUAGUGACUUGGAAGAGGUGGUGGCUCUGCAGGUGUUUAGUGAAGUCAUUGAGUUGGAGGGCAAACAGGUUCAACAGCCUGAUAUGUGCGAGGUGAAAAUACUGAUGAGCCCUGAUUUCCAGAAGGUGGCUCAGAUGACCAACAUUUACCCCAUCGAACUCAGUGAGAUCUUCAGGGUAUCCAGAGACAACGAUGUGGUCGUCACAGAUCCAACCAACCGUAGAAAAGAGGAGCAAAUGUUGCUACAGACGACAAGUCAGUACCCACUUAAACACUCAGAGACGACACAAGAAGAGAUCGCAGCUCCUGGCAAACUCCCAGAGACUCCACUUCGCAUGGACCCCGAUCUCAUGAAGGAUCUCAAAUAUCAAGAAGCUGAAGAUCGAGACCUGGGCCAACAAGACCAGAUUCCAAUUGAGAGUUCACCAAAAGAAUUCCUCUCAUACUCGGCCGUGUGUCGCUGGGUGGAAGAUUUCAGGGAGCGUUUGAGGCACUUCUGCGCCGAGUCACUGCCCCUCUUCUUCUUGGUUAUGUGGGUGGUUGUCAUUGGCGUCGUUGGAUCAGCGGUCAUUGUCAAGAUAUUGGACUUAUUCUUCCCAACUUGUGAACACAAGCGUAUUUGUCAUCUAAACUCAGUCACUCUGUUGCCGGACGAUGAGAAGCACACGCUCCUGGAGAAUACAGAAUUAGAAGAGGAGGAUGAGAUGAAGCCUUAAAUGAAGACUAAAAUGGCUGGCUACCUUAGUGUCAGUUGUUUUUUUUCUUCUCUUUUGCAUCUUGUGGUAUUAUGAGAAGUCAUGGCCUGGUCCUGUUUGCUGUAAAUUAAAAGGGUUUGUCUUGAUGGCAUUUAACACAGAUGCAGUCUGUAUCCAUCAAAUUGUCUCCAGGCCAAUUGGUUGGGUUAUUUCAGACAUUUAUCCAUGGGAAAGCAAUGUAAAGCAAGUACGUUUUUUGAGGAUCUUUUUUGCUGUCUGCAUAUUGUCUCCAAACACGAACCACUCGAGAAGCGCUAAGACGAUGUGAAGAAAGGUGGCAUCAAGAAACUGUCACGCACACACUGGCCAUAUCAUUAGGUACAUUUUGAUUCAUCUUAUUUAGAUGUGUGGCAAAAUAUUAGAACACACUGCAAACAACCACCACAACAGAUUGUAAAUACAAGACAGGUAUUAAUUUGACAGUCAUUUAUCCAUUGCACAUUUUAGUUAAGAUGUCAAAAAUGGACAAAAAGUCCUAUUUCAAUUUGGUCAAAUUUAAGAUUUUCUGAGUUAAGACUUAUUUACCAACUUCCAAUGAUGAGCAUGUACACUCAUUAUACAAUACUAUGCCUUCACAUUAUUGCGUAUUGGAGUGGGUGGGAAAAUCCUAAAGAUUUCUGGUGAAAUGCACUGUGGUGUUCACAAUUUGUAGUUAUAUUUGAAAAGGCAUAAUUCAUGUGCUGGAUUAGAUUUCAUCCUGGUAUGCAGGUGUACCUAAUUGUAUGGCCGGGAAGUGGAUAUAUUUAAAAUAUUGUUGCAUUUAUUGUAUUUUUAAAAAAAAAAAUCUAAAUUGACACAUUUAUAUACAUAACCAUGUCAAAUCUGUCUCAUGCACUUAAAGUAGAAUUGUUCUUUUCUUACCCCUAACACGUGAAUGACACCUUCCAGAUACACUCAGUUUUGUGAUGUUAUUUGAUGUCCUUUUCACAAUCCCACACUUGCGAUUUAGUGUUGGAUGAGUCGGGGCAGUUGAAUGUGUGUUUCUUGAACUAUUAGUACAAAAGCAUGUACACGAUACAAACACGACUUUUUUUCCCCCCCAACUUGUCUUUUUCAAUCAUCCUGGACUCAAAUCAAUAUGAAUGCUUCAGUUAAGAGUCAAGGAGGCGGUGAAGGCAGACAAGGGAAAUUUAAGAAGCCUUUAUCCCUUGUCAUGCUUUCUUAAAAGAAACACACUAAUUUGGCGCAUGGACCCGUGUGCAUCUGAGGGCGGCUCCGUAGCGUCAUAGUGGUCCAUUUUAGCGGCACAAUGCAUGAUGUACUGCAUUACUGAGAUGCAUGUGUAAUCAAUCCAGUGAAUACAUUUUGCUGUUCUAUCUACAGCAUGGGAAUUCAAUGGUAAUAGGUUAAUUGGAACACAUUUUUUUACAGUUUGCUCCUGGUGGUAAGAUACUGUAUAGGCAUGCACGGACGGAUUAAAAUGUCCUUUGAAUCGUAUUCGACCCAUGCAGUAUUGUUAGGCCACGUUUGUUAGCAUACAUUUCAUCAAUUACUACUGGACUGCGUAUGUGUGCGCGCGUGUGUGUGUGUGUGUAUAUAUAUAUAACCCUGUGAAUUAAAGGCUUUAUCGCCA